UGAGCAGAAAAGCCUCUCAGGCUGGAGGCCUUUCCAAGCUUACAGUAGAAUCAGCCACCAUGUGUUCACCUGGCUGGGGCUGGAAAGAACACUCUACCCUCCUUGUUCUUUACACCAAACCUCAUCAGGGUCACCUAGGCUCCAGCACUGCUCCCGCUGCUUGUGGUGACCUCUCUCACUGAACCCUCACUGCGACCCGGCACCACGAUAGAUGAGGGCAGAGGGAAUGUCCCCUCUCCUGGCUCUGGGGCUCCUGGUGGCUGGGCUCUGCUCCAGUGUCCACUGCCUCCCAGAGGGCGGGCUUGACCCGGAGGAUGUGACCCUAGAGGACCAACACAAAGGGGUGCCUGUGGACGACCACACAUUCGUCUCCAGCAACACCGACUUUGCUUUCAGCCUCUACAAGCAGUUGGCUUUGAAGACCCCCAAUGAGAAUGUCAUCUUCUCACCCCUGAGCAUCUCCAUGGCCUUGGCCUUCCUGUACUUGGGGGCCCGCGGACCCACCCUGAUGGAGAUCUUGGAAGGCCUCAAGUUCAACCUCACAAAGACCCCUGAGACAGAAAUCCACCAGGGCUUCCGGCACCUCCUGCAGAUGCUCGGCCGACCCAGCAACCAGCUGCAGCUGAGCGUGGGCAACGCCAUGUUCGUCCAGGAGCAGCUGAAGCUUCUGGACAAGUUCAGGGAAGAUGACCAGGCGCUGUGUGCCUCCGAGGCCUUCUCCACUGACUUCCGGGGUUCCGACACUGCCAAGAAGCUCAUCAAUGACUAUGUGAGGAAUAAAGCCCAGGGGAAAGUUGUGGAGUUCUUCAAGGACCUUGACAAGCUCACAGAGAUGAUCCUGGUGAAUUACAUCUUCUUUAAAGCCCGGUGGAAGAAGCCCUUUGAUCCCAGCCGUACUUAUAAGUCAGAGUUCCACGUGAGCGAGAACAGGACUGUGGAAGCGCCCAUGAUGACCACUGGGGGCCUGGAAACGCCUUACUUCCGGGGCGAGUUGCGGGCCUGCACCGUGGUGGAGCUCAAGUGCACCCGCAACGACAGCGCGCCCCUCAUCCUCCCUGACGAGGGCGAAAUGCAGGACCUGGAGGCCGAGUUGCUCCCAGAGACGCUGAGGAGGUGGAGAGACUCACUGCAGCCCAGAACAAGAGUUCACCUCCUCCUUCCAAAGUUUUCCAUCUCCAGCGAUUACGAUCUGCAAGACAUCCUUCCCCAGAUGCGCAUGGGGAAAGUCUUCCCCCCCGCCCCGGCAGCUGACCAACCAGGGAUUAAAGAUGCAGAGGCUCUGGUGGUUUCCCAGGUGGUCCACAGCGCUGUGCUUGACGUGGACGAGGAGGGCUCGGAAGGAGCUGCUGUCAUGGGAAGCAACUUGACCUACACGACUGGAGAAGUGAUCACUGUGCAUUUCAACAGGCCCUGUAUGUUUCCCACACUCAGUAAAGACACCCAGAGCGUCAUCUUUUUGGGCAAAGUCACCAACCUCAGUCAAGCCUAGAGCUCUCCACUGAGUGGCGGGUCCCCUCGCUAAGGAGCUGGGUGCCCAGCUCCCUGGGGGCAGCCUGGGCCCUGUGCCCCGAGGACCCAGGCUGCCUGGUCCCACCUGCUCACCCUUGGGAAGGUGACAGUGACUCUGCUGGGGGGUUCUACAUGCCCAGGGAGUCUGUGUCCUGGUUAGAAGGAGGCUCUGAGCCCUACAAAA